AAGGUGGCUUUUAUCUUUAAACUGCCACUCGCCUAAACAACCGUUCUCCCAUUUAUCUCUCUUCUUUUUCCACCUAACAUGGACCCUCCCAUGCGUCGUACGCAGCAGAAAAGUUUCAAUGAACACUUUCUCGAUAUCGCAGUGGUCUCGUUCGACGCGGACGCAGAGGUGUUCCGUUGUCGUUGGGACGGAUGCAAUUAUAUUGCGUCGAAGCAUUAUAGGUUCAAGCUACAUACCAAAGUGCACUUCGAGGCCAAAGAUUUCCCCUGUGAAUAUGGUAAAGCCAUUGAUUCAGGUGAUCCUGCACAUCCUCAGGUGAUUCGUUGUCCGUAUGAGGCUUCGAGUCCACAAGCGUACAGACAACAUAGACAUGCAUAUCACUGGGGUCAGGAUCCACUCUUCUCUGCUCCGACAUCCCCGCGGGAUACGCUAUACUACUGCGAUACACCUCCUCAGUUACAUGCUGCUAUAUCACGAUAUCUGAUUUCGUCACAACGGAAUGCUGCUCUUCCUCCUGCGAGUUGUGAUGAAGGUGAUAACUCGACGGAUGUGGAUUCUUCUUUCCAAUCCUCCUUGGACGCGCCUCCCAUUUCGCCCACCCGAACAAGUUCAACCACCUCAAGCGAUGUUCUCGACAUGAAUUUCUCCUCCCUUUCAGUUCCGUCGGACCAUCCUGUACUUUACCCAUAUGACGGUUCGAGUAGUACUCACAAUCCCGCGACACGUAAUUCGAAUGACAUUUACGGCAACAACAUGGUCCAUCCACCUUCCCCUCAAUUCCUGAUUUCAUCCACCUCUCUGGGGCCAUUCAGGAUCCAUUCUUCGACGCACUCAUCGACAAGCAUGCAGACCUUGCCUUCCACCUGGAAUCAACCUACGAAUGAUAGCGUUAACUUCGCCUCUGGGAUGACUCCAUCCUUCGCGUCUCAGGGGAACUACUUUCCGUACGUCUCGACUGCAAGGAGUAACAGUUUUCCUAACGUACUUCCUCAAUUUGAUUACUCUGGAUGAUCUGACCAGUAUUCCUGAAGUCUCUUCAUCUUACCGAUAGCCGUUCCUGACUCUGGAACAUAAUGAUCUCCUCCUGUUUCGGAUAUUUCGUCCGUUAUGCUCAUGUUCAUCUCGCAAGCCUCUCGCUGCCUGUCUUGAUACCAGAUAUAUCGCCCGGACAAUAGGAUUGUUUGCUACCUAC